AUAUAUGAAUUGUAGGUAAUGGAAGAAAAUAAUAUUGUUGAUGAUUGUGGUUGGAAGCCGAAAGUGGGAAUGCCAUUUGACUCUGAACAAGCCGCAUAUGACUUUUACAAUACGUAUGGGGGAAAGGUGGGCUUUAGUAUUAGGAAGGCAUAUGCAAACAAGCACAGACAGACGAAGGAGAUAACAUCACGCACGUUUGUAUGUUACAAAGAGGGAAGUCGGGGUAUUGACAAACGAGAUCCACUUGUCAAAAAUCCAAGACAAGAGGGUGGCGCUGAUUAUACUCCCCAAUGUGAAUCUCAGCCUCAUUUCCGCAUGGUUAAUAAUUCUAUUCAGUCGGGUGGCACUGUUUACACUUCCCAAGGUGAAUCACAACCUCAUUUCGUCAUGGGUGGUAAUUCUAUUCAGUCGGGUGAUGCUAUUUAUACUUGCCAAGGUCAAUCACAAUCGUGUUUCGUCAUGGGUGGUAAUUCUACUCAGGAUCAUGGUCUUCGUGUCAAUUUUUCUCAAUCACAACCUCGUUUUGUCAUGGGUAUUAAUUAUAAUAAGGAUCAUCGUCAUGAUAUGUACAUUUCUCCAUCUCAACUUCGACCUCAAGUUCUUAUGGGUGGUACAAGUGGUCCUCCUCUUACGUAUGGUACAUAUGAUGGGAAUAACACGGCUCAGUCAAUGCCUUUUGUGUAUCCCACUCACAGAUCUUUUCAGGGGUUGCUUCGAGGUACAAGUGUUGAAAACUUUGCAGUCCAUCUGUCGCAAACGUCACAUAGUCCUGCUGACAAUCAUGUAGAUUGACAUCCCUGAGAAGUUUAUUUUAUCUUCAUUUGUUUUGGACAG